UAUCUACUUGCAAUUUCUUGCUUUCGAACUGCUAAGUAGGCUUUUUAAAAAACCAGCUCAAAUCGGGGAUUGCGAAUGACACCGCCUCCUCCUUUCCUUCCUGAUGCUUCCGCAUCCAGGAGUUAAAACAGGUUAGAAAUGCAAACCCCUUUAUAGUGAAUUCCGAAAGAAGGGCGGGACUUUGAGAGGCAGCAAAGAGGCCUUGGGAAGUCGACUGAAACAUGUUCGGCCGCUCAGGGUACCAGGCUGUUCCGCUGGGAGAUUUUAACCGGUUCCAGCAAUCCGGCACCUGGCUACAUGGAUCGCAGAGAGGCCUUUUCUCACCGGGGCACGCAUACGACCCGCUGGACCAAGUGCAGACUGGAAUAGGUGCACCUCAAGGGUUCUUCUCACAGCUCUGCCACCAGGCGGUCAUCGCCUUGGUGUUUCUGCUGACCAUCCUCACCUUCCCGAUUUCCGGCUGGUUCGUUCUGAAGACAGUCCCAACCUAUGAGCGAGUCAUCGUGUUCCGCUUGGGGCGGAUCCGAGCCCCCAAGGGGCCGGGCUUGGUUUUGCUCCUCCCCUUCAUCGACCAAUGGCAACGCGUGGACUUGAGGACCCACGCCUUCAACAUCCCGCCCUGCAAGCUGACCUCGCAAGACGGAGCGCUGGUGUCCGUCGGAGCCGAUGUCCAGUUCCGCGUUUGUGAUCCGGUGCUUUCCGUCAUGACCGUGAAAGACCUCAACAUGGCGACACGGAUGACCGCUCAGAACGUCAUGACCAAGAUUCUGCUGAAGAAGUACCUGCGGGAGAUCCAAACGGAGAAGCUGCGGAUCAGCGACCAGCUCUUGCUGGAAAUCAAUGACGUCACCAAGACGUGGGGCCUUGAGGUGGACCGAGUGGAACUGAUAUUGGAGGCUGUGCUGCAGGUCCCCCCGGAGACGGUGGCGGGAGCUACCCACAGGAUGAACUCCGUCACUGGGAUGCAAGGGCUGGAUAACACCAUUCAGCAGCUGGCCCUUCACAUCUUUGGCAAGAGCUUAGGCACAGCAGGGACCAGCCCCAAGGGACCUCUCGAUACAGAAGUUAAUACUGUGGUACGCGAAGAAACUACUUCCCUUUCCUCACGCGGUGCCACCUCAUGUUCACUUUGGGGAGAAAGAAAGCAGGUAGUUGUCUCUGGCCAUGAUGAGAUCCGAGCACAAGUGGAACGUGUGGAGGUACAGAGCGAAACUGCCCCUAUCAACAGGACCAUGGUCCAGGACAUCCGGAAGCACUUCGAUCCCGAGGAGUUCCUGCUAAGCGUGGAUGAACACCUGUCCGAGUCCUUAGUGAACCAAAUCCGAGCUUGCUACCAGUUCAACAUCCUGCUGCCGAGUGGAGAGCAGAAUACCUAUUACAUCGAUCUCUCCACAGGUCAUGGGAAAACCGGCCACGGGCUGCCGGACCACAAUCCGGACGUGGUGCUGGAGAUGGCGGAGAGCGACCUGGGGCCCUUAGUCUCGGGCGACCUCAACCCCCUGAACGCCUAUGUCUCCGGGAAACUGCGGGCACACGGAGAUCUCUCCAAGGCCCUGAAGUUGGAAGUGCUCUUCAGGGCGAUGAAAUAGGGCCCCCGAAUGACUCUGGGCCUCGACAACAUCCGGGCCAAUUUCUUCAGGACGAUCUUUGCGGAGAGGCGUCUCCCCCACGUGUGUGGCUCUUUACCACAUUUUGGCAAACUAGCUUAACGGGCGAUAGGUUGCCUUGAUCCGCCGACCCCCAUUGCUGCGUCUGCAGGCUUGGAGCUCCUCGGCUUUGAAGGCGGAACGCCGCAAAGGCCUGAGGUCCCCCCGGAGCCGUUCCUCGUGCCGAAAGACCGCAGCACAGAUCUGCCCUUGAGGGUCACUUGCCAGGACCGAUGGAGGUCUCCAGGAGGCCAGAUGGAAAUAGGGGAACGAUUGGGGGCGAGAUGAGUGGGCGGGCGACGCCACACACCCACUUAAGCCAUCGUUGAGGACGGCCCACAACGGAAUUCUGCAGAAAAGCGGCAAGAUUUCAGCAUUUGAAAACCCUUCUUGGGUUGUUUUUUUUUAAUCUCAAAGCUUCCUUUUGAGAUUUGUCUUGG